UGGGCUUGUGGACUUGGUGCGCCUUUCACCACUUCACUUCACCACUGCCCCAUCAUAGCCACCUCCGUUAGCCAUACCGAGUUUCUCCUUCGACGCGACUGACCCUUUCACCGACCCUACCUACGCGUACCUCAACGCGUCGGUUUUCUAAUGAGCCAAGGAGCAGGGUGAAAAUUUUUCUGGUCAUUGCGGCGCGGGUACUUGAGCACGACGUUCUCCCCUCUUCUGGCUGAGUCGAUAGAAGUUCAACCUUCCGCAACAACCUCUGCUACUACGAUAUAACCACGGUCUCGACAGAUUGGAAGUACUUAUAAUCGGCUGGAUACUUUGAUGCCUCCUCCUCCUACUCCUCGGGAAGCCUCCGCGUACAACUCCGGUCCGCCAGACAAAAGGAUGGAAGAGAUGAGUGAUGGGGUUGACGCGUCGGCGCGUGGUGAGAGGCGGGAGAGUGCUGCUCCUGCUGCUGGGGAAGGUGGUGCUGGGCAUGAGGAGUUUGGAGGAUAUUUGCGAGAGCAGCACCGUGACGCUGGUAUGGCGAUGGAGCAGCACGACGAUGGCGAUGAAGAUGGAGAUGAAAGCGGAGAUGAAGAUGGAGAGGGAGAGGGAGAUGAACGAGAUGCUUCUGCUAGUCCGAAUCCGUGGGACGAGGAGGUUUCUGAAGGACGAGAGGAGGUUGGCGAUGAGGAUGGAGAUAGAGAGGAAGAGGGUAUGGAUGUGGAUGGAAAUGAUGGAAGUCAAGCUCAGCAUGAUCCCGCUUCCUCCACCACCACCUCCUCCUCCGCCGCCGAAGGACAGGCCGCCCAAACGAAGAAGACGAAGACAUUGCCAGCUACAGUUUCUUGCUGCGACUGCGACGACACCCUGGACUCGUCGGACGCGAUUUGGGAAGGUGGCCUCGACGGUUAUUACUGCAAACGUUGUCAUGAGCAGUUGGAGGAUGUGUGGAAUCAUUACGAUCAGACUUGCUUGCGUGAGCAAUCUUUGGAGGGUGCAAGCCGGGAACGUACGACUUCUCCCGGGGCUAGGAGGGCGUCGACGGACCUGAGUAAAAGCGAUGCGACUCUUACGAUUCAGCAGUCUGCAAAGGGUCCUGCUUCUCACGCCCGGAAUGCUUGCCCUGAUGCAGGCCCGGUACUUACGAGGACGAAGACAACGCUGCAGACGCCUGCUGCUCCACCACGGUCCAAUCAUCAGGGCGCUACCAUCCAGCACCACCGAGCUGCACCGCCUACCCAAUCCGUCGUCUCCCACACUCCUCCAACUCCCCGCGCGCCAUCCACCCUCUCCGCAGCACCCGCACCCGCACUCUCAUCCCGCCCUCCCACCACCCUCCCACUCACCCGCCACUGGAACGCCGCCGAAUGGUCGCGCUUCUGGAACAACAGCCCCGUGCCCCUAUCCUCCGUCUUCGACGCCCUGGACAUCGACCCCAAGGUCCACCGGGACUCGCUCACCGUGACGAAGCUGCACGAGGAGAUUAAAGCCGUGGCGAUGAAGUUGCCCUUGACGCAGGACGAGUUGGUUGGUAUGGCGGCGGAUCGGGAGUCGAUUCGGGAAGAGGUGAGGUUUUUGAUGGAGUGGUUUGGGGAGCGGGUUUGGGGGAAGGGGCCUGGAGGGAGGAACUUGACGAGGAGGUUGGUUGUUGGGAGGGAGGGGGAUGGGGAGUUGAUCCGCCUCCACCUCCACCAAGCCAUCUUCAUGAAGGCCUUCAACACGCGGCGCAACCAGCACGCCAAGCAGCGCGCCCAGGCCGAAAGGGACGAGGACGUCGCCAUCGCCGAGCGCCGCCAGCGCGAACGCGACAUGUGGAGGAAUGCGGAGCCGGGGGAGAAAGCGAAACUGGAUGGUGGAGGAGCGGUAGAAGGUGCAGGCAAGAGCGGGACUGGCAAGAUGGGUAGUAGGAAACGUGCUGCGUCUCCGGGGCUUGUUAAUGGGAAGGAGGGGAAUAAGAAGAAGAGGAGUGAUGGGAAGGUGACGGAGAAGGAGAAGGAGAAGCGAAAUGCAGCGAAGACGACAGCUAAGAAGGCGAAUGGCCCGCCGGUGCUCGCGAAUAUCAAUACCGCCGCCGCUCCCAUCCAGCAGCAGACGCAGACGCGCCUCGCAUCUGCUCCACCUUUAACCCUAUCUCCGAUUGUUCCUCCGACGUCAGUAUCUGCAGCAACUACACCGACAUCUACCCUAACCUCGACCCACCGGCGCUUCCUCAUCGCAGACCUCCUCAUCAAACUCCUCUACGACAUCGCCUCCCCUCCUCUCGCCGCCAUCACCCCUUCCCCCCUCCCGCCAACACCAAACACCCCGUCCUCCCUCCCCGCCUCCCCAACGACACCGCCGAACGUGCUCGACCCAAUGGACAUGGAACCCAUGCUCCUCUCCCUCCUCGACCAAGAAUGGCACUCCCCCGAUCGCAUCGCUUAUUACUCCUCCAGCACCUCCUCCGCCGCCGCCGCCGGAACCACUAGCCCAUUCAGCUACGCGACGCGCGACGCGGUGGUGAAAAUGUGGCUGCGCAUGCGGCGCGAAAUGUGGGCGUUGGAGAAGAGCAUCGAGGAAGGCGAGGUGGUUAGCGAUGAGCGCAGGUUCCUGCAGGUGAAUGCGGUGCGGAUGGCGCGGUUGGCGUGGUGUUCGUGGGAGAUUGAUGUGGAGAGUGGUGUCGAGACUGCUGUGGAGACUGGCGAACGUAAUGCCGAGAGUGGCAGGGCUGUCGGGAAUGGUAAUGGUGCAAGAAGCAAUGAGGGGAAGAGGAAGAGGGAGAAAGUAGGUGCCUUGGAGGUGCUCGCCGUCACGUUGGCCGACGUGUGCAAGGUUGAAGGGGAGAAAGGGUUGGAGUUGUUGAGGAAGGGGUUGAGGGCGUUGGAAGAGAGGGCCGUCGCGUUGGGGGAUGGUGAUGUCGCUGUUAAGCUGCUUUAGAUGCUUUAGAUUCUUAAGCUGCUUUGCUGCUUUGGCUGCCUUUGGCUGGCUGUGGUGGUGUUUGUGGGUGGGGUUCGGAAGUGGUUGUGGGUGAGACUGAGUAUGG